AUAUGUUACUGAACUAACAGAGUGCAUCAAGGUCAAAUCAUCAGACGAGGAUGUUGAUGAUUCAAGUGAAUUUGUGAAGUUCUUCCCUAGUUUCAUCUGGGCUGUGAGGGACUUCACCCUGGAGCGAAAGAUUGAUGGCAAAGAUGCAACAGAGAAUGAUUACCUAGAGUUCGCUUUGAAGCUGAAACAUGGAACUUCAAAAAAAGUGAUGGAGUACAACCUUCCGAGGGAGUGCAUUCAAAAAUUCUUCCCCUCCAGGACGUGCUUUACUUUCCCUUUUCCAACCGCCCCAGAGAAUGUGUCUCAUCUGGAGCGCUUGGAUCUUGCUGACCUUUCCACUGAGUUCCUGGAGGUUACAGGACGUUUCUGCACGUUUGUUUUUGACCAGAGUGAUGUGAAGAAGCUGAAGGAUGGAUACACAGUCACUGGCAGAGUUUUGGGUCAUCUAGCAAAAAUGUACAUGGACACCAUCUCUAGUGGGGCUGUGCCGUGUCUGGAGAAUGCUGUGAUUGCCAUGGCAAUGAUUGAGAAUCAAGCUGCGGUGAAGGAGGGGUUUGAGGUGUACCAAAGUGGAAUGGAGAAGCUGAAGAACUCCUUCCCUUUGGAAUUAAAGGUUGUGUCCUCGGAACACCAACGUCUCAGCAGCAUGGCAACACAAACCUUCAUGACUCGAUCUUUCAGGGACACUGACGGGAAGCACCUGAAAUCUCUAGAGGAAAAAGUUAAUGAACUCUUUGAUGGAUACCUGUGCCAAAAUGAGCAAGCUGAAGCGGUCUUAGAAGAGUUUCUGAAGCAGAAGUCUGUGGAUUCUAAAGCUAUUCUGCAGGCCGACAAAAAACUGACUGAGAAGGAAAAAAAGAUUAAAGAGGAAACAGAGAAAGCGGUCAUCCUGGAGCAGAAAAUCAAAGCUAAAGAGGAGACACAGCGACAGCUGCAAGAGAAAAUGGAAGCAGAAAGACAGAGUAAUGAAGAGCGGAUGAUACAGAUGAAGGAGAAGAUGGAUGAGGAGAUGAGGCUUCAGAGAGAGGAGGCCCAACGUGCCAUGGACAGCAAACUGAGGGAGCAGGCCGCGCUGCUGGAGAAGGGCUUUCAGGAGAAGGCUGACAGGAUGAGCCAGGAGAUGGAAGAGUUCAAGAGACAGAACGCUGAAGCUGAGAGUAAUAGAGUUCGAGAGUUUGCAGAGCUGUUAGAGAACUCCAGCAAGAGAAAUGAGGAGUCUAUGGCUAUGAUGAUGCAGCAGCACCGUGAACAGAUGAAGGCUUUACAGCAGCAGAUGAGAGCGCGCUCUGCAGGCGGAUGUUGCAUCUUGUGAAAUGCAUUAACUCUGUGGUCAUCAGAGUCAUGUAAUUGAACAAUGCAGUUUACUUACUUUAAAAUGAUUCAGUACCUAAUUCCAGUCCUG